GAAUGUCAAAAAUUUGAUUCGCUGUGACACAGCAUAACCAACAUUGUUUCAUUUUAUUUUCGUUUUCUUCAAGUUAAUAUUAAACCGGUCACGCCAAGUUUCGUACGAGUGAGCGCACAAAAUGUUUAGAAACCAGUACGACAGCGAUGUUACGGUGUGGAGUCCCCAGGGACGAUUGCACCAAGUCGAGUACGCGAUGGAAGCGGUCAAUUUGGGUUCCGCGACUGUGGGGCUCAAAAGCAAGACCCACGCGGUCCUCAUCGCUUUGAAAAGAGCGUCUUCGGAACUGUCCGCUUACCAGAAAAAAAUUAUCAACAUCGACGAUCACAUAGGAAUUACCAUUUCUGGUUUAACUGCGGACGCCAGAAUUUUGAGUAGAUACAUGAGGACCGAGUGUUUAAACUAUAAAUACUCUCACGAUACGUAUUUGCCGCUAAACAGAUUGAUUUCUAUGUUGGGUAAUAAAAUGCAAGUGUGCACCCAACGUUACGACCGUAGACCUUAUGGCGUAGGCCUUCUGGUUGCCGGAUACGAUGACCGAGGUGCUCAUAUAUAUCAAACCUGUCCGUCUGCCAAUUUUUACGACUGCAAGGCAAUGUCGAUCGGCGCUCGGUCUCAGAGUGCCCGCACCUACUUAGAAAAACACCUCGAAGAACUACAAACCAGUUCUCUGGAAGAGCUUAUUAAACACGGACUUCGCGCCUUAAGGGAUACACUGCCACCAGAAGUAGAUCUGAAUACCAAAAAUGUUUCUAUUGGGUAUGUAGGCAAAGACCAACAGUUUAAGAUACUUGAGGAAGAAGAAACCGGUCCAUACUUGAAACUAAUUGAAGGCGAAGAGAGAAGAGGCGGUUCUCAGCCAGAAAAACCUCUGGGUCCGUUAAGAGAUGACGAACCGGGGGACGACGGUCCCAGCGACCCCAGGCCAGCCGUUGCCAUGGACACGAGCAAUUAG